AUGCCUGAAUUUAUCACAACGGUUCCCGAAUCUGAAGGUAAUAAUGGAAUGGAAAAUGAGAUGGAAUGUCGAAAAAGACACGAUAUUCUUUCGAGGAGGCCGUCCUACCGGAAAAUAUUGAAUGACUUAUCGUCGGGUGCGCCUGGUGUAGCGAAAAUAGAGGAGGAAAAUGAAAAUGAAACGGUCAAUUCCAUCACAUCACUUGCCAAUUCCCAGGGGCAUAGUAUGCAGAACUACCAUACAGUGAAUGCUGGUCAACAAAGCACACAGACACUUCAACUUGUUAGUGAAGGUCUGCAACAACAAGGAGGUUUACAUACAAUAACAAUGUCCAACGCUGGGGCACAAGGUGCUGUAGUACAGCUGGCUCAGUCACAAGAUGGACAACAGUACUUUGUUCCAGUCAAUGCCAGUGACUUGCAGUCAUAUCCUAUUAAACUGUCUGGUGCCCUACCCCAGGGUGUUGUUGUAGCACAACAAGGUAAUGUACCAACACAGCAACAACUUGCAGAAGAAGCCACAAGGAAGCGAGAAUUACGGUUGAUGAAAAACAG